AUGUCCAAUAGUCUGAUAUCCAGUAUUCCAAAACUAAAAGGGAGAGAAAAUUAUGAAGAUUGGGCGUUCGCAGUAGAAAACUUUCUCAUUUUGGAAGGAGUUCAACAAUGUAUCAAAUCGGAGGGUGAUACAAAUGAUUUGAAAGCCAAGGCGAAAAUCAUCUUGACGAUUGAUCCGAGCCUAUAUGUGCACAUUAAAAACGAGUUGACUGCCAAAGGAUUAUGGACGAAGUUAAAGAAGUUAUUUGACGACAAUGGUUUCACGCGUCGCAUCGGAUUACUACGUAAUCUCAUAUCUAUUCGUGGUGAAAACUGUGAAUCUAUGUCUCAAUACGUUACUUCAUUACUAGAAACGAGUCAGAGAUUGAAUAAUACAGGUUUCAAGAUAAGUGACGAGUGGAUUGGAUCAUUAUUGUUGGCGGGAUUGUCGAAAAAAUUCGAACCCAUGAUAAUGGCGGUUGAACAUUCAGGAAUCGAAUUGACAGCCGACGCCAUUAAAUCCAAGUUGCUAGACAUGGAGGACGGAAGUGAAGUGCGUUCCGGUUCCACGCAGAAUGCUUUUGCGACGAAACAUAAGAAACAAACGUCAGUGUCAAAUGUCAAAUCAAAUGUUGCUAACGUCAGAUGUUAUAAGUGUAAACAAUUGGGACACUAUAUGAACAAAUGUAGUGAAAAUACUAAUAAUACUCAGAAAAAGAAGGAAUUUAAUGCGUUUAGUGCAGUAUUCCUAAGUGGAAGCUUCAGUCAGACUGACUGGUAUGUCGAUAGUGGGGCUAGUUGCCACUUGACAUCGAAGAAAGAUUGGUUCACGAAAACAUCAAAACAACAAGUGGACAAGAUUGUGAUCGCGGAUAAAUCGGCAAUUCCUGUCCAGGGCUGUGGCGAUAUUCAAAUUACUACAGUUGUUGGAGAUAUCGAGUAUGAGAUUCCAGUAAAGGAAGUAUUGUAG